AUGUUAAACGGGAAGUUUUUGUUGUGUCUAGUGUUAGUUGCUGCAUGGAACGAAGUACAACCAGCAAGCGUCCCGUUCCUGCCAUCCCGCAUCGGUGACGCAAAUGAAAUCGGGGAGGCUCCUGAUAUGAGGGCGCCGGCUGAGCUGAUGAGGGCACGAGUGAGGGAGGGCGUCCCUCCUCCUCUCUGUGCUGGCAGAUGUGUGUCACCACCAGCAGGACCAGUGUGUGCUUUCGAUGCUACGGGAACUGCUCGGACGUUUGAAACCCUGUGCGAAUUAGAAGAGGUGUCGUGUCGCGAGAGCACGUAUUACGCGAUCACGGGUCUCGGCGAAUGCUGA